GACAAAAAUCUUCGAAAACGAUAAUAGUAGCGAACGAAUGUCGUGAAAUACGAAAGGACAAUUAUCAUACGCAGUCGAGAACAAUAACAACGGAUAUUGGGAUCGAGGCAUUGUAUUGGAAAAAAUGAAAGAGAAACGGAGAAGGACCAAUCGGAAUAGAAAUAAUGAGGAAAUCGAUGCCACUCGCAGAAAGUCGAAAAAAGGAACGUGGAAAAUGAUGCAUCCAUGGCUAUAGAGCUGCGGAAAGAGAGGAACUAAAUAAAAUGAUGAAAAUAUAAGGUGAGGAGAGGUGGAAGGUUCAGGGUAGGACGCAGCUCCGCAGGAGCAGUAAUAUCGAUCGAUUUUCUCUGGAGCGAGGGAGAGAGAGUGAGAGAGGCAAAAAGAGAUAGAAGGUGCUGUCGGAAUGGAAAGAUCUUCCAUAAGCGGACUGGUGGUCCGGCCAGCAGUCGCUGUUUUGUAACUUUACAAGUCAAAUCUCGAAACUCAUUCGCCGGGCUUAUUCGUGCCAAAAUCCGAGUACGACGUCCGGGCAUAAAAUGCGACUGACCAUUCAGUUUCACAGUGAUUGAUGCGUGGAUAAAAAGAGCGAUAAAAUUAUCGGAAAAAAGUGAAUAUUUGUGAAAUUCUGAGCUAAUUUGAGUGACUCAAAGUGACAAUUGUGCUACGAUUUUUCGUGUUAUCAUUCGGCUCUUACUCGCCUUUUCUCAUUUUUUCCACCGGUCGAAUAAAAUAACCCGCGCUUUUUUCUCGGGAGUCGUUGCACGGAGAAGAUGAAGGAAGAGACGACAAUUACACGCUGCUGCUGGGUCUAGGCCACUAUUACCUCGACCUUUGGUCGAAACAGCUGACUGACCUAAACUCCAUUAUACGUUGGCAGUUUCCGGUUCAAAUUGGAUCAUCCCUAUUAAUUUAAUCUCGUUUCGAUUUAACUGGAAAAGUAACAAGAACAAAGCCAGCAAAUGAGAAAUCGAAAAGUUUCGAAACAAAGAAACGCUCCCAGCGAACGUUCUCGGAUUAUCUUGAUUGGGCAAAAAAAAAUUUAAUUCCUCCAAGUUUCUCGCAGUGGUGAAAAAAAGUACAGAGGAUCAGUCCAAUUUUGUGAAGUGAAAAUAUGCGAGAUUCGAAAUUGAGAUUCCAAUAAUAUGAAAAGGUCGUACGAAGCCAACAUGAAGCGAAGAAGAUUUUUAUUUUCACACAGUGAUUAGCCCAUCAAAUAAAAAUAAAAUAAAAAUAAAAUAUCACUGUCAUUACGGAUUUCUCGUCGUCAAUUUUUUUCAGAAUAUUCAAAAAAUAUUCGCAAGCUCGACUUUGAGGAUGGAAGUAGCUUAUCCAAAAAUACGGCCCGGCCUGGACUGCUGGAACAACGAGGACAAAUAUUCGGUGGCCAACAGCCAAGCGCCGCUUCAGGACGGAGAGGCCGAGCAUCCGGAGCGCGGCACCUGGACCGGUAAAUUCGAUUUUUUACUCUCGCUCCUCGGGUACAGCGUCGGAUUGGGAAACGUUUGGCGCUUUCCCUAUCUCUGUUAUUCGAACGGCGGCGGUGCAUUUCUCAUACCGUUUACGGUUAUGCUGGUAAUCGCUGGUUUGCCGCUCAUGUUCAUGGAGCUCUCUCUAGGUCAGUAUGCGAGCUUAGGACCGGUAGCCGCUUAUAAACGUUUCUCUCCACUUCUCCGAGGCCUUGGGUAUGGAAUGGUCCUUAUCAGUUCGAUUGUCAUGCUGUACUACAAUCUUAUUAUUGCCUGGACUCUUUACUACAUUUUCGCCUCUGUCGCCGGGGGAAGCGAGCUGCCUUGGAGCACUUGCGAUUUUACCUGGAGCACGGUGGAUUGUUACGAGCCAAGAGCUGCUGAAAGAUGCGCGAGUCAAAACACUUCGUACUACAAAUUGAUGUGCGUCAAUUCGAGUCUGCUCGAAGCAUCGGGAGUCAACAUAAGCACGGCCAUCAGGAAACCACCGGCUGAAGAGUAUUUCAACAAUCACGUUCUGGGAAUCAGCAGUGGAAUCGAAGUUACCGGAAACAUAAGACCAGCCAUGGCGGCCUGUCUCUUCCUCGCUUGGGUCAUCGUAUUUCUAUGCUUGAGCAAAGGUGUUCAGAGCUCCGGAAAAGUCGUCUACUUCACGGCACUAUUUCCUUACGUUGUACUCAUCGCGCUCUUCAUACGUGGUAUUUUGCUUCCGGGAGCUGACGAAGGGAUAUUGUAUUACUUGACACCAGACUGGCAGCGUUUGGGAUCGGCCAAAGUGUGGGGUGACGCAGCGGUCCAGAUUUUUUUUGCGCUCAGUCCAGCCUGGGGUGGUUUAAUAACAUUGAGUUCUUACAACAAAUUCGACAACAAUUGCUACAAAGAUUCGUUGAUCGUGGCGGUCAGCAACAUCUGCACUUCCUUUUUCGCGGGUUUGGUCAUAUUUUCAGUAAUCGGAUUUCUCGCUCACGAGUUGAAGGAAGAUAUUUCGAAGGUGGUCGACCAAGGAGCUGGUUUGGCCUUCAUCGUCUACCCGGAAGUCGUCGCCAGACUUCCGAUCGCCCCGAUCUGGUCGAUCCUCUUCUUCGUGAUGCUUCUCACCCUCGGUUUGGACUCGCAGUUCGCCCUCAUGGAAACCGUCACGACGGCGAUACUCGACGGUAUCCCCGCACUCAGAAACUACAAGACGCUCGUUGUUCUCGCGACAACAGUUUUUGGCUACAGCGGCGGAAUCAUUUUCACGACUCACGCAGGAAUGUAUUGGCUCCAGUUGAUGGAUAAAUACGCAGCAAAUUGGUCGGUCCUCCUGAUCGCAAUAACCGAAUGCAUUCUCGUCGCGUGGGUUUACGGAGCAGACAGAUUUUUGAACCAUGUUCAAGAAAUGAUUGGACCGAGAUCGAAGUUAUGGUGUUUCUUCUGGACCUGGAUGUGGAAAAUAGUGACGCCUGCUGCCCUUUUCUUCAUACUCGUAUUCAAUUGGGUCGACAAUCAACCUUUGACGUACGGAGCUUACGAAUACCCUACUUGGUCCUAUGCCGUGGGUUGGUUCAUCGGUGUACUUCCGGUCGUCAUUAUCAUCGGCAUCGCUUUGGCCCAGCUGAGACCACGGCGCCGGAAACCUGGUUACGACGACGAGGAGGAUGACGACGAGGAAGAGGUCGCGACGAGUGCCAGUGAAAAGUCGAAAAGAAGAAACGAUUCGGUGUGGGAAAGGGCACGAAAAUUGUUGCAGCCGACCGCAGAGUGGAGACCAGCGUCGAAAAACUCGUCCACCCCUUCGAGAACACUCAGCCAUGCUCCAUCGGCUGGACAAUCCGGAGGAUACAAUUCCGUGGACACGAUUGUGCUGGUAAAUGGACAGCCGAUGAUGUACGAGCCGCAGAGAGCGCCAGGCAAUGGAAAAAUACUGCCGGGCCCAUCGAUUUUGAAGAACUCGAGUAAAGCCGACCUCAUAACGUCCGAGCAGGUCUGACACGAUUUUUUCGCCAAGGCUGACAAGUAAAGAUUCACCGGAGUCGACAAUCUCGACAGAUAUAAUAUAAAAAGAGCGCGAAAGAUGAAAGAGAAAAGUUAUUUUGUAACAAAGUUUAGUGACGAUGGCGGGGAGCAUGAAAUGGGAGAAAAAUCAUAAAAGAAUAACGAAAGAGUUCGAGUCACAAAGAAUCAAAAUUAAUUAAUCGAGACUCAUUGAAAAGAAAGUAUGAAAAAGAGGCCGCCGCGACUGCGAAUGUGUUUUCUUCUGGCGACUGAAAAAAUAUUGAUCCUCAAAAAUCGAUUACGUAUGCAGAGACGUCCAACGCACGAGGAACGUAUUAUCGUGACGAAAGAGAUGAAAAUUAUUCGAAAAGUAAAAUGAAAAAUGAGGUGAUCAGAGCGAGAGGAAAUUUGCUGAGUAAGAUUCAGAGAAAAAAUAUUUUUGAAGAUGAAUUAUGACGAUAAACAGAGUGUCGAGAUUUGCGGAAAGAAAAUCAAAGGAUAAGAGCGAUCUCGGAAACGACCGAACGGCGUUUUCCAAAUUUUACUGAUUUUUUUCACAAACCUUUUUUGCUGUGAUCCAAACUCUUACGGUGGAUAUGAUUACUUCAAUGCUGAAAAAAGUAAUUGAAACAGUGUUUAAUGUAAUUAUGUAUGUUUAGAUGUUGAAAGUUAGUGUUGAUUCUGGCAAGAAUGAAAAUAAGUUAGCCAAUUAUAAAAAAAUGUUGCCAUUGUCCAAAUGUGUUGCUCAAUUGAUAAGUAAAAAAAAGUGUUUAAUGGCCAAAUAAUACAAAUUCGUCGAUCAAAUUUACCUUUUCGUUCAUUUUGCGAUCUAAUUCUCAUUUCAAUGACGAAUCAUACAGGUUGCAGAUAAGAUAUGCAGAAAUAGUCGUUAUCUCUAAGUUUGUGAAACGCGAGGAACGAGUUUACGACCGAUGAUAACUGGAAAAGUGAAUUAUCGAGGAGAAAAACCUUUUUUUUUUUUUUUUCAAAAUAUCCACGAUGAGUAACGACGAGCGUAACGUUUCGUCUAUUUUUGUCGAUCGUACGAUCGUUUUCAGUUGUGUGAACAAUAUGUCGACUGAUCAUUCAAAACAUAUGAAUAAAACAGAUAUACAAAUAUAUAUUUGUUAUAAAUGUUGUUAGAAGGCUGAUUAUGAGAAAGAAAAUACCGUUGUUUACAUCGUAAGAAAAUAAUCUAAACUGCAUAGAUAUAGAAAGAAAUGUUAAGUAGGAACAUUUGCAAAACGCCGAAGCUACGAAUCAUUUGUUUUGCCGAGGCGUGCAAAUUGGUGCAUAAAAACAUGAAAAAAAAAAAUGAAAAAGUAGAGCGAAAAGUACAAAGUAAGAAAAAAAACGAGAUGUUUUAGUAUUUAGGUAGAAAAAAGUGGCCAAAGAUAUUAAUUGUAAAAGGAUGGGAGUGCAAAAGUAGAAAAGAGGAAAAACAAGAGAAUAAUCGAGAGUAUUACAGUCCAUAGAAUACGUACAAAACGAGGGAAAUUGAUUGUGAUCACACAAAGAAUAAAUGUUUAAUUUUCCUUUCAAGUAUCAUUUCGUAUGAAUGUUUCAUUGGGCCUUAAAUUUUACAAAAAACCUACCGAAGCAUAUCCAGAAUUCUCGACAGUUCGAUUUUGUUAUUUAUUUUAAUUCAACAUCCGAGUAAAGGGUGUUUCGGACGUUUGCAAAAAGAAAUAUUCUCAACAUCGAGAUUAGAAAAGUUGCUGAGAGUCACGUAUUAUUAAAAGGAAAAGUUUUUUUUUCCCAUCGAACAAAAGUAAUAACGACCUUCGACAAAAACGUUUAUCGCCACUUUACGGAGCUUGCAACAAAAAUACAGAACACUUACCUGACAUUGUACAAUCAAGAAGCGAUACGAAAGGAAGAAAAUAUAUGAAGCUGCAGAAAAAUCGGCACGAAGUAUUACUUAUUUUAAGAUAAAUAUAUAUAUAUUUGUUAAAAUACAUUUCCACCAGGUAUUCCUGUGGAAGUAAGCGCUGGUGUGCUGAUCGUUGCUAAAAACGCAGUCCAAAUGUUCUCCGUGUAAAAAAAAAAAAAAAUCUGUAAAAAAUAUUUAAAAAAAAAAAAAAACAAGGGAAAUCGUCAAUUCAGAAAGCCCCAUAAAUGUGUAUAUUUAUUAUAGUGAAAUGAAUUCGAACGAUUUUAUUGUACUCUCUCUCUCUCUCUCCUCGAUCGAACAUGCAUUUCGAUAUUCAGACAAAAAAUGAACUCGUGCAUUGUAAAAUAAACUUUCGAACUUCGUGUUUGAACCCGGUGAGAGUAGAAUCGAGACAAAAUAAAAAAGCAAAGAAAACAAUUCUUUAAAAAAAACCAGAAAAAACGAAAAGCUGUAUAACGAUGUAAAAGUUGUUGCGUAAUGUUGUAAAAUACGAAUAAAUUUAGGAUUGAUCCACUCGAGAGAAUUUCAAGUCAGGGCGUACUAUUUCUUUGCCCAUUUUGUUUCAAUUACAUAGUUUCAUAAAAUAAUUUAUUAUUUUCAUAUUUCGAGUAACAGGGAAAAAAAAUUUACGGACAAACAAAAAUAGGUUGGCCAGAAAUGUUAACGUAAAAUUUAGCUGAAGUUAUUAAGUAACGUCAAAAACGAUGGAAGAAAAUUGGAACAGAAGUUUAUUUGACAGUCAAUGAUUUAUCAGGAUCGAUAUAGCUACCGGGAAAGGCGAACCUGACUUGAAUAAACAAAAUACAAAUCCAAGUGAACGGUUGUAUUAUUGUAAAUGUACAUUGUAUUAUGCGAAAAAUAUACACAAUAUAUUAUAUAUUAAAUUAUAUGUAAAUGUAACAACGCCUAUUCAAUUACAAUAAAGUGUUGGUAUGUGGUUGAGAAUGGUA